UUUAUAUACUGUUUCAUUAAAUCGUUUAUAUAUAUAUAUAUAUAUUCAAUCAAAUGGGGUGUUGUCAAAUUAUCCCUUUUUCAUAUCCCGCUUUGAUUUUUUUAAUUUUAGUUUUUUUUUCAUCUUUUUCACCUUUUUCCCUUAUUUUGGUGACAAUAUGGGUACUACAUCUACUUGUGAAAUAGAUCCUACUUUGGUUGAAAAACUCAAACAAUUUCGUUUUCAAAAGUUUAGUAGUAAAAAUGCCGCUUUUGUAUUGAAAAUUGACAAGAAAACUUUAAAGAUUGAAGAAGAAGAAGUGUUUGAUAGCAUCUCUUUAGAAGACUUAGUUGAAGAGUUACCUGAAAACACGCCCAGGUAUAUUAUACUUAGUUAUGAAUUAAAACAUAGUGAUGGACGCACGAAUUAUCCUCUCUUAUUUAUCUAUUGGUCACCGUCUACUGCCAAGGCUGAAUUACAUAUGUUAUAUACUUCUGCAAAAGGUGAUCUUCAAAAGGAAAUUGAUGUCAUGAGAGAUUUUGAAAUUCGUGAACCUGAAACUUUAUCCGAUGAAUACCUUACUAGUCAACUCAAAUAGUUUUAUUAUAUGUACAAUCUCAAAUUGUUUCAAUAAAAUAUUCUUUUAUUCAAAACUAAA